AUUCCUGUCCAGCAGGUGGCGGUAAUGCGCCUCUACGGUGAUAUUAAGUACGGCUGUCAGCCCGACGGAAGUAGUAGUAGAAGAAGAGCUUGAUCAUGGAGGAUUUUGUGGCUGUAGAGAAGAGUCCGGAAGACAUGCCGGCGGUCCUGACCUCAAGACCCCAGACGGGACUCUCCUUCUUGGCACCAGAACCAGAAGACCUGGAGGACCUGUACACCAGAUACAAGAAGCUGCAGCAGGAGCUGGAGUUCCUGGAGGUGCAGGAGGAGUACAUCAAAGAUGAACAGAAGAACCUGAAGAAGGAGUUCCUGCACGCUCAGGAGGAGGUGAAGAGGAUACAGAGCAUCCCUCUUGUCAUUGGCCAGUUCCUGGAAGCCGUCGACCAGAACACAGCUAUUGUUGGUUCCACUACAGGAUCCAACUACUACGUGCGCAUCCUGAGCACCAUCGACAGAGAGCUGCUGAAGCCCAACGCCUCAGUGGCUUUGCACAAGCACAGCAACGCUCUGGUGGACGUGCUCCCCCCUGAGGCUGACAGCAGCAUCAUGAUGCUGACGUCAGACCAAAAGCCUGACGUGAUGUAUGCCGACAUUGGCGGGAUGGACAUUCAGAAGCAGGAAGUCAGAGAAGCCGUGGAACUGCCUCUCACACACUUUGAGCUCUAUAAACAGAUUGGCAUCGACCCACCCAGGGGUGUCCUUAUGUAUGGACCUCCAGGCUGUGGCAAGACCAUGUUGGCCAAGGCUGUGGCUCACCACACUACAGCGGCCUUCAUCCGCGUGGUCGGCUCCGAGUUUGUUCAGAAGUAUUUGGGUGAAGGUCCUCGUAUGGUGAGGGAUGUUUUCCGGCUGGCGAAGGAAAACGCCCCAGCCAUCAUCUUCAUCGAUGAGAUCGACGCCAUUGCCACAAAGCGUUUUGAUGCACAGACUGGGGCUGACAGGGAAGUGCAGAGAAUCUUACUCGAGCUGCUCAAUCAGAUGGACGGCUUUGACCAGAAUGUCAAUGUCAAGGUGAUCAUGGCCACCAACAGAGCCGACACUCUGGACCCGGCUCUUCUCCGUCCGGGUCGCCUGGACAGAAAGAUCGAGUUCCCGCUGCCCGACCGCAGGCAGAAGCGUCUCAUUUUCUCCACCAUCACCAGUAAAAUGAACCUCUCAGAGGAGGUCGACCUGGAGGACUAUGUGGCCCGACCAGACAAGAUCUCCGGAGCUGACAUCAACUCCAUCUGCCAGGAGGCUGGCAUGUUGGCAGUGCGGGAGAACAGGUAUAUCGUCCUCGCCAAAGACUUUGAAAAAGCCUACAAGACGGUCAUCAAAAAGGACGAGCAGGAGCACGAGUUCUACAAGUAGACAAAAAUACCAUUGAGAGGAAUUUAAAAAAAAAAAAAAAAAGUGUCCAGACACACGUUUGUUAUUGAUUUCCAUCUGUGUGUCUGUAUCUACAGCGAGUCUUUUGUGGAUUCACGACCCGCAUUGAUUUUUGGACUAAAUUUACUCACUGCAGCACUUGGGGCCUAACGUCAGCCCGGCCCUGUGUCACACUACCAUGUGAAGGAGUGUGUUUUCCUACAGGCCCUCCACUAGUUCCUAAAAAUAUCUUGCCCUGACUGUAGCUAGGAUAGAACAUUUGUUAUCUGUGUGUACUCUCUGAACAACACGUUACCUUAAAAAAAAUCCAUUAAAACAUGUUUUCCAUAAAAACA